AUGUAUCCGCAACAUGGUGCUCCUAUGGCACCUCCCCAGAAGCCAGAAACAUUCAUGCUCUCGAAUGAGGCGCAGCAAAGCCUUCCUCAUGACGCGCAAGUCGCGCUACAACAGGUUGAUAAUUUGAAGUAUUUCCUUCUUUCAGCGCCAGUAGACUGGCAACCGGAUCAACUUAUUAGACGAUUCCUGCUUCCUACUGGCGACUACAUAUCCUGUGUUCUAUGGAGCAAUCUUUUUCACAUCUCGGGCACUGAUAUAGUUCGGUGCCUGGCCUUCAGGUUUCAGGCUUUUGGACGCCCUGUCAAGAAUUCGAAGAAGUUCGAAGAGGGUAUAUUUUCUGAUCUUCGAAACCUGAAGGCUGGAACAGAUGCGACAUUGGAAGAACCGAAGAGCCCGUUCCUUGAUUUCCUUUAUAAGAACAAUUGCAUUCGAACGCAGAAAAAGCAAAAAGUUUUUUACUGGUAUAGCGUUCCGCACGAUCGGCUGUUUCUCGACGCGUUAGAACGUGAUCUAAAGCGGGAGAAAAUGGGACAAGAGGCGACCACCGUCGCGGUCAGCGAGCCUGCUUUGUCGUUCGAGUUCGAUUCAUCUCAAUCAUUGUAUGAACAACUCACGAAGGCACAACAAGCAAACUCCUCAUCGUUUACUGCACACGCAAGUACGACAUAUGGCCAACCCGCUUCCCCAGUGGUUCGGACCGUUGACGCUAUGCCUCCUCCUCAGAUGGCUCCCCAGAUGGCUCCCCAGAUGCCCCCGCCGACGAUCUCACUUCUUCCGGACGAAUCUGGCAGCCCGGCAAUUUACAACCCGAUCCAUAUGCCCAACACUCUGGCACAGAGCGUUGUUAAGCGCGAAUUAGAUUAUGGGCCAUUCCAGUACGACCGCAAUGGAAUGCCCAUUGUUCGAGUGCAUCAGCGCCAUGCUUCCAUGCCGACUUUCGUCGAGUAUUCACCGGCGCCGUCGUUCGUUUCGUCCCAAUACGAAGAUUACAGCAACCGGGGAUUGUCCUUCGAACCCGUUACGCCUCCACAGCACAGUGUUCCGCUUGGCACCGAGCCGGCAUACAUUGCUAAUGAAGAUACCGGUCUCUAUACUGCUAUCCCUGAGAUUUCUUCUACUGCAGCAUUCAACCCAAUGAUGCAGCUGCCUCCCUCAAAUCUCGCAAGCGCUCAUUUCCCCACCCCUGCAAGAACAUUUCACUCAAACGUCUACUCUGUUUUAGAGGGCUCUCCAACGUACAAGCAACGGCGGCGGCGUUCUUCCAUACCGCUAGGCGUGAAUAACUCGGUUGCUACCCCCACUCAUGGUCAAACGCCGGGGCCCUCGCAACAAAUCGCAUAUGCUGCCCAUAAACCAAGCGACCUGCGGCGCUCUGUUUCCAGUUCGGUGGCUCCCGUCGCUGAGGCAGAUGAGCCCCGCCGUGAUCCGUCUCGCCGUAUCAUGAAUGGCUAUUCCACGGGUGCCCUUCCCCAAAAGAACUUGCUACAGGAAAUGUCUCGCAAUGGGACGCCUCUUCCAAGCCUCGAAGAAAAUCCUGAACAGCAUAGUUUGCCGCUUGCGAACCCUCCAGAUGAGUUGACCGCACUUCCUCAUGGUGAUGUCCUGGAGACAGGUGUACAACACAGCGCAAUGAACAAGGCGGAGCGGUUUGUUCCGGGCCCUGUUCGUCGCGCUCGAAGCGCUACGAUGAUGGAGCUUGGUCCCUAUCCACAGAAGUCACACUCAUGCCCUAUUCCGUCAUGUGGGAGACUUUUCAAGAGAUUAGAGCAUCUGAAGCGACAUGUGAGGACCCACACGCAGGAAAGACCUUAUCCUUGCCCUUACUGUAACAAAGCCUUCUCGCGCUCCGACAACCUUGCACAACAUCGUCGGAUCCAUGAAGCUCAACAGGACGGUCAACAACCACUCCAUGCACAUGAAGAUGACUUGGAAAAUGAAGACAACGAAAUUGGUUCCCAGGAUGAGGGAUCGUCUCCAGACUCCAUGCCAAGUACAGUGGUCAACGUCUCUACUGUCACCUCGAUGCCAUCUACUAUGGCAUUGCCUUCCGCCAUGUCUACCAUGAUGGCACCUCACAUGCUCGCUCCUCAACUUCUACAGCAGCACAUAUAG